AUGGAAGGAACGGAGGAAACAAAAAAAGCGAAAAUUGUCAAAUGUUGCGGAUUUGACGACAUUGACGACGAUUUGGAGGUACACAAAUUUCAGAUUGAUUUUUGAAUUGCCUUUUUUCAGCCGUCGGACGCCGUCUUUUUGCCCGGCCUGAAACCGGUGGUGCCGACGACGGAUCGCAAGCGGAAACGUGGCGGAAAGAAGCGGAACAGACGGCACAAAGUGGGCGGCCAUUCAAAAAGCGUUGAAAAAUUGUUUAUUUUCGCUUUUCAGAGACAUUUCCAAAUGGAUCUGAACGCCGACGAACUGUUGCAAGCGGAGCUCGAGUUCGGGCAACGAACGAGUCAAAUCAAGAGCUCCCGGCUCAUUCAGGUAUCGAUUUUAUUUUUUAUUUUCGACCGCCAAAACUGUCUUUUUUAGGAACUGCACGACCGCGAGCGGAUCCAUGGAAUGGGGCGACAGGAAGCGCGCCAGCUGCUCGAGGACAAACUCCUUUUUCUCGACGACUCGGCGCUCAAAAACGUGCGUUUCCGUCGUUUCUGCAUCGUAAUGACUUCGGAAGAGACGUUCGACCUCGGAAACGGAUCCAGCAUCCCGUCGGAAAUUGUGUCCGUCUCGAUGGACAACGGAAAGAUCAACUCGAUCCUCCGCUUCUUUCCCACCUACACAAAGACUUUCGAGAUGGAAAAUGUCCAGGAACACGGUACGUUUUUUGUCAAUUUUGCAACGUCGACGAGACUUUUGCAGAAAAGUGUCGAAUGAAGCGCGUGUACUGGAACCCGUCGAUCGCCCGAGACUCGAAUCAAAUGUGCCGCACGUGGAGCCACUUCCUCGACCGAUGCCUCCACUCGCUGCUGCUGGUCCCGCUCGCCCACCAGACGGCCCUUCUCGACUUUCUGCGCAAAAUCAACGAGAUCCGAUCGGUGCUCAACCACCGGAGCACCGUCUCCAUUUGUCUCUCGCGCGUCGUUUCCGUCGAGGAUCUCCUCAUCGCCGUCCAAAAUGUCAUCGGAACGCAUAUUGUGAGCCUAGUUUUGAAGAUUUAUCCAGAAAUUUAAAAAAAAACAACCUUUUUUUAAGACUCCCGACGCGACGCCGACUACAGAAUCACUGGGAACCAUGGAACACGCCCUCGAAUAUUGGUAGGCUUCAAAUUUAUUUAAUUUUUCGCCUAAAAUUGCAUUUAAGCCGUUUCUACCUCCGAUCGAUGAACAAGAUUUUCAUGUCGGCGACGAUGAGCGGAAAUGCGAUCAUGUCGGCCAAGUACGCAUUAUUUUUUAGAUGUACAAAUGUUCAGACAGAUUUUCUGAGAAAUUGAAAAUAGUUUAAAGGACCAGGGAACCCAAAAAUUUUUUUAUGUUUUUGUGAAAUGUUUUUGUGACUGUUUGAAUUGUCUCUUAUUGCCUCAUACACUGGUGAAAUGCUGCCUCUCAAAAAUGCCAAUGAACGAAACGGCAUGCAGUUGAAGUUGUGGCCGUGGCCUAGCGCCAAUGGCCGAAAAAAAUAUAAAAAAAUAAAUGCGCUUCUCGGCCAUUUUAUUUUUUUCCGCUUUUUACCGGUUUUUUUCCAAAAAAAUUCACGGUUUCUCCCAUUUUGGCACUUCAUAUCGACUGAAUGAAAACAAUUUUUUUAGCAGUGAAAAAAAUAAGUAAGUGCCGAACAAAUGUCAAUCAACUGAAAAAAAUGGGAGAAACCGUGAAUUUUUUUGGAAAAACCGUUAAAAAGCGGAAAAAAUAAAAUGGCCGAGAAGCGCAUUUAUUUUUAUAUAUUUUUCGGCCAUUGGCGCUAGGCCACGGCCACAACUUCAACUGCAUGCCGUUUCGUUCAUUGGCAUUUUUGAGAGGCAGCAUUUCACCAGUGUAUGAGGCAAUAAGAGACAAUUCAAACAGUCACAAAAACAUUUCACAAAAACAUAAAAAAAUUUUUGGGUUCCCUGGUCCUUUAAAGCAUUGAGGUCGUGGACUAGAAAUUUGUGCAUUUUCAGCAAUUUGCAGACCGCCCACGCAAAGCUCGUACUUCCGACCGAACGCGAUCGGACAAAAAGUCAAUUAUAAUUGGGUGGCGCCACGUGGAUUAGUCCGUCUUCCGGACGCGGCCGAUCCGAUUGGCGGAUUCGGUUCUUGUGAUUCACGUGGUUCGUAUCGGAAGCGUACUUGCAUUUCCAUUGGCUUCUUUUUGAUUUUCAGACUUCGAUCGAGUGCUCGAAUGGGUGUCGGCGAUCGAUUUGGACGAAAUGAGCACUUCGGAUGAGCUCGAGCAAAAAUACGAUAAUGAACAUGAAAAGGAAGAGGAAGAGGAAGAGGGAGAAAGUUCGACUGGGUCAUUGGAUGAGACUCUCGUUUGA